ACUUCGCUUUCCAGCACCGCUUGGAGCAUCCCCCCCCCCCCUCUCUCUCUCUCCCCACCCCCCUAAAUUCCUUUUUUUCUCGCUCUAAAUUCUCUCUCUAGACUGUCUUUCUUCCUCUUGAGCUUUUCUUCAAGCAGGUCGUCCCCACGGACAGGCCGGCGGGUGCUCGCCGGAAAAAACGCCGGUUAAUCGGCGUCGAAUUACCCAGAUCCCCAAGCCGGACACAGGGCCGGGAAACGGCAUGCGUGACGUCGCUUUGAUGGCGUGAUCAUCGAACGGACUGGGAAAAGGGGCGUCCGGAGAUAUGGGUAGAUUGGCCUUCGGCUUGGCGGCGAGCUGCGCGGCGGCGACGUGCGCGAUCGCGGCGAUACUGGUGGCGAAGAGGGCUCGGAGCCGGCGGAAGUGGAGCAAGGUUGUGGGGGUUGUGAGGGAGUUCGAGGAGGCGUGCGCGACGCCGGCGGCGAGGCUGAGACAGGUGGUGGACGCCAUGGCUGUGGAGAUGCACGCCGGCUUGGCCUCCGAAGGUGGUUCCAAGCUCAAAAUGCUCCUCACCUUUGUCGAUAAUCUCCCGACCGGGAGUGAGAAGGGAACUUACUAUGCGCUAGAUCUUGGAGGUACUAAUUUUAGGGUCUUGCGGGUUCAACUAGGUGGUAAAAGGUCUGCUAUUCUGGGAUGUGACGUAGAACGACAGCCCAUUCCUGAACAUCUGAUGACAAGUACAAGCGAGGAUCUCUUUGAUUUUAUUUCUUUGUCGCUAAAACAGUUUGUUGAAAGAGAAGAAAGAAAUUCUGAGCUUUCUCCAGUCAAAAGAAGGGAGCUUGGGUUUACAUUCUCCUUUCCCAUGAGACAAACAUCUUUAUCAUCAGGCAUCUUAAUCAAAUGGACAAAGGGAUUUGCCAUUGAAGAUAUGGUUAGACGAGAUGUUUCAGAUUGCUUACAACAGGCAAUGAACAGGAGAGGCCUAGAUGUGCGGGUGGCAGUACUUGUAAAUGAUACUGUGGGAACAUUAGCUCUUGGACAUUAUCAUGAUGCAGACACUGUGGCUGCAGUUAUAAUUGGAACGGGUACAAAUGCCUGCUAUUUGGAGCGGACAGAUGCCAUAAUUAAAUGCCAAGGCCUUCUUACAGCUUCAGGAGGCAUGGUUGUCAAUAUGGAAUGGGGAAAUUUUUGGUCAUCUCAUUUGCCUCGAACUUCCUAUGAUAUUGAUUUGGAUCUUGAGAGCCCUAACCCAAAUGAUCAGGGUUUUGAGAAAAUGAUCUCAGCGAUGUAUCUGGGUGACAUCGUAAGGAGAGUGAUUCUCAGGAUGUCUCAGGAGUCUGAUAUUUUUGGACCUAUUUCUUCUAGGCUGUCAAUGCCCUUUGUUUUGAGGACACCAAUGGUGGCCGCCAUGCAUGAAGAUGAAUCCCCUGACUUGAGUGAAGUUGCCAGAAUCUUGAAAGACGUUUUGGAGAUCCCCGAUGUCCCUUUAAAGGUGCGAAAGCUCAUUGUUAAAGUAUGCGAUGUGGUGACCCGCAGGGCUGCACGAUUAGCAGCUGCUGGCAUUGUGGGUAUCUUGAAGAAAAUUGGCCGGGAUGGAAGCGGUGGGAUUACAAGUGGAAGAAUAAGAGGAAGCAAUAGUAAGAUGAGGAGAACGGUGGUGGCAGUCGACGGGGCUUUGUAUGUAGGCUACUCAGCCUUCAGAGAGUAUUUGAAUGAAGCCAUUGCUGAAAUAUUAGGGGAAGACAUCGCACCCCAUGUCAUUCUCAAAGUCACAGAAGAUGGAUCUGGCAUUGGAGCGGCUCUCCUUGCUGCCUCUCAUUCAUCCUGUAGUGUGGAUAGCGAAAGGUUGUCAUAGAUAUAUAUUUAUAUAUAUAAAUAUAAAUAUAUAGAGCCCUUGUAAAUGUAGAAUUCUUUCUCCAUAUUUAAUAUAUAUAUAAAGUUUCUGGGGUUGUGCAGCA